CUUCGUUGCUAGAGCUCGAUGAUCAUCAAAUCCAAGCACCGUUCCACCAUUCUCGAGAGAAAAACUAGGGCUGGGAUUUUUCAAGGUUUGGGUAGCGUGAAGUUUGGAUUGAUGGCUUCACCGGGGAGUUUGCUUGAAAUGAAGCUUAUGGAGGUUGGACUCUUGCUUUUGCGGCCGCCGUCCACGGUGGAGGAACUCCUUUCCCUUCUUGAUCGAACCGAAACUUUGUUGUCUGUAGUGGAGCAAUCACCUUCUUCGACAAUGACAACUUCACUUUUUCCUACAGUAAUAGCACUGGUUUCCAAAGAAAUAUUCAUACAUCAAGAUGAGGAUAUUAAACUUGGUGUAGCGUCUUGUAUUAGUGAAAUCACAAGAAUAACAUCACCGGAGGUCCCAUAUGAUUAUGAUUUGAUGAAGGAGGCCUUCCAAAGGAUUGUUGAAGCCUUUGAAAAGUUGGAUGACAUGACUAGUCAGUCAUACCCAAGGAGAGUUUCAAUCCUUGAAACUGUUGCUAAGGUUCGAUCCUCUGUUGUGAUGUUGGAUCUUGAAUGUGAUGCAUUAAUUCUAGAGAUGUUUCGUCAUUUCCUGAGGACCAUAGGGUCAAAUAAUUCAGAAAAUGUCUUUUUCUUAAUGGAAAAUAUUAUGACAUUCGUGUUGGAAGAGUGUGAAGAUAUCCCCUCCGAGUUUCUCUCAUGCCUCUUAACCUCAUUAAAGAAAGAUAGUAAGAAUAUUUUACCCACUAGUCGCAGAUUAGCAGAGAAAGUUAUUGCAAACUGUGGCGCUAAGUUGAAACCAUACUUGGUGGAUACGUUGAAUUCAACUGGUGUUCCUUUAUCUGAUUACUGUGAUAUUGUUGCUUCAAUCUGCCAAGGAAAGUCUGAUGAUUUCGAUCAAGAUGGUUUAGAGCCUUCUAAUGAGCAUUUGAAUUUUGGAAAGGAAAAUAACAAGGAUCUGAAUGAGACACUAGUUGGUUCCAAGAUCAAAGUAUGGUGGCCAGAGGACAAGUUAUUUUAUCAUGGUAUUGUUGAAGCUUUUGAGCCAACCACAAAGAGGCAUAAAGUUGUAUACUCAGACGGUGAUGUUGAAAUAUUGCUACUAAAGAAUGAGCGAUAUGAACUAAUUGAAGAGGGGCAAGAUGAACUUACUCGAAGUCCUAAUGGACCUUCAAAAGGGUGGCGAGGCAAGAAAACAAAAUGUUCAGAAUCUGUACCUAGAGCGGCAAAGAAAGAAACAUUGUUGAAGAGGUGGGAAAAAUCUCGGUCAGUUGUCGAAGGUUUUAACAGUAAGAAUGGAAGUUAUAUCAGAAAGCUUAGAGGAAAGCCUAAAGUUAUCUACCCAACAUGUUAUUGGUCUGUGUGCUUCUUCAAGCAAAUACAAUGCAAAGCCUGCAAACAAAAUUCCAGAGAUCAAUUCCAGAGCAUGUAAUCACAGUGCAGAGGAGCACCUGGACAGGUCCAUGAAUGUUAAAUCCGAAGCCAACAUUAAUUCCGAUGAUGAAACACUGGCUACUGCUAUGCAGUUGAAGAAUGCUGACAGAUAUAUUCCAAAAACCAGCCGGAAAUUUAAAAGGCCGAUGACUUACUCUUCUGGUAAAUCUAAUGUGAGUGGUGGUUCUUGGAUGAAAGUUAAAUCGAGAGUUCAACAAAGCAAGUUUCAAGCUGCCGAGACUUCUCAAGAUGAUAACUUUUUUGCUGCUGCAAGUGCUAAGAAGCGCCUGAGAGAUGGCUACAGUUAGCCAAGCAUGGCUGUGUGGAAUGUUAGUAAUGAUUUUCAUUUUGGAUGUUAAUCUAUUUGUAUAUAUGAUGCUUGUUUAGAAGAAAUUAUCUUGGAUUUUCAUCCUUCAGGCUGUGUUUUCAAUCGUUCUAACUUAUGUAGUAUGCUUUCUUUUA